AUGAAGUUCACAUUCGUUGCUCUGUCGGCUCUGUUGGCCCUCGCUGUUGCCGACACCACCACUGCGGAGGCCUCGGUGACCACCAGCACCCCGGAGACUGAAUGCGCGAAGCAAUGCGAUCCCAAGGAUAUCUGCUGUACUGCAAAGUGCUACAAGGUCCCUUGCCCUAGCGACAACCAGGCCGACGACACCAACAACUGUGUUUCUGCCUGCCCUCAGGGUACCGGCUCUCCCUCGGAUAUCCAGAAGUACUCCGAGUGUGAGCAGUCUUGCUACAGCUCCCACUUCUGGGGCGGCCAUGGUGCCACAGCUACCCAACCUUCCACCACCUCGACUUCCACUGGCACCUCUGGUACCACUGCUACGCAGACUGGAUCAAGCUCAUCAAGCACAAGCUCUUCCGACUCCAACUCCUCGAACAACGACUCCGACGAUUCCGACUCUUCUGAUGGAAGCUCAACUAGCACGUCCACAUUCGCACAGCAAACCGACAACGCCGGUGCUCGCGUCAAGCUGGGUGCUUCCGCUGCUGGCAUGUUUGGCUUGGUUGCGGCUGCAUUUGCUCUGUGA